CCAAGCUUUCCUUUUCCGGUGGUGGCCCCGCGGGGUGAGGAGCUCGUGUUCAUACUUGUAGCUAUGGUGUCCAAGGGUCCGCUGCAGUCCGUGCAAGUCUUCGGAUGCAAGAAAACAGCCACAGCUGUGGCCCACUGCAAACGAGGAAAUGGGCUCAUCAAGGUGAAUGGCCGUCCCCUGGAGAUGAUCGAGCCGCGCACUCUACAGUACAAGUUACUGGAGCCUGUUUUGCUUCUGGGCAAGGAGAGAUUUCCUGGUGUGGAUAUCCGGGUCCGUGUGAAGGGUGGUGGUCAUGUGGCCCAAAUUUAUGCUAUCCGGCAGUCCAUCUCAAAAGCUCUGGUGGCUUAUUACCGAAAAUAUGUUGAUGAAGCCUCUAAGAAGGAGAUCAAAGAUAUCCUCAUCCAGUACGAUCGGGCCCUGCUUGUAGCUGACUCCUGUCACUGGGAAUCCAAAAAGUUUGGCGGUCCCGGUGCCGGUGCCUGGUACCAGAAAUCCUACCCAUAAGCCAGUCUCAAGGAUCAGGGUUUACCUUUGUAAUAAACAUCCUAGGGCUUUAAAACAAAAAACAAAAAACAAGCAAACAAAGAAAAAUCUAGACUCGGAGGUGCCUGUCUGUAAUCCCAUCAUGGGGACAUGGAGGGAAGAGGAUCCGUGGGCUAACUAGCUUGUCUCCUUGCAUCUGUGAUCGCGAGGUUCAGUGAGGGACCCUGUCUCAGUAAACGAGGUAGACAGUGAUGGAGCCCUCUGCUCUCCACACAGACAUUCACCCCCAUCUGCACACACACGUGCAUGUGGCUGUGUGUGCAUUGCCACUCGGCAUUCAAGCACAUACACAAUUUUAAAGAAAACAUGUUUUACUUAAAACUUGGUUAUAAAAACAUCCUUACCAAUUUUGAAAGUUUCCUGUUUGUUUGCUUGUUUGUUUGUUCACGGGCCAAUAUCAAGUGUGCCCUGGUUCUGUCGGCAUUGUUUUCUUUGUAACCUAUCAUCACCCUGAAGUGCUAAUUCAAAAAGGUUAAACAAUUCCCUCAGCAGCUCCUAAAUUUUAAAUAUGAAAAGAAUUCCAUAGCCUUUUCGUCUUCUUCUUCUUCUUCUUCUUCUUCUUCUUCUUCUUCUUCUUCUUCUUCUUCUUCUUCUUCUUCUUCUUCUUCUUCUUCUUCUUCUUGUGUUUGAGGAUAAAGCAGCACAUAUCUCUAUUGUCCCUCCCCUGAGCAAUUGUUAUCCAGAUUCUUGAUGUGCAGGGAACAGUUCUGAGAAACGCAUUGAUGUUUAUUUGAACUCCAUGGUGCCCUCGUAUCCGCGCGUCACUGAUGUUAACAUAAAUCUUGGUUAACUUACAAUGCACGAGACCCUGAACUGGUGUCAUCUGGUUCCCAUAUUUAGUCCAACCUUCAUCCCAGAUCCCGAGAGCACCCUGGAGAACUGGGUGAUCGAUCACAAGUCCAUUUCCUUCCUUCGAAGUCCCAGGAGUGCUGGGCUGGGGAUGGGUUCCUGAUGCUGGGGGACACAUGUGCAUGUGCAUGGGCUGAGCAUGGGAUGUGCACUGUGCAGUAGUCCUCACCAUGCACUUUGCAUGUGCUCUCCGCAGUUCCCACUAGCACAUUUCAGUAACGUGUAUGAACGCUAUGGCAAAACAGCGAUUUUCUCGUUCCAGGGUUAGCUGCUUUUCUCAUUUGGCAAAACACACCUUUUCACAGCCGCUAUGCUAAACUUCAAGAAUAAACCAGCGGCCUGAACAGGAUUUGCCAUUAAUCUUAAGGUUGACAGUGUCAUGUGAAACUCGGUGUGUUAUAGUGAUUUUCUCGUGGACAUCCAACUCCAGAUCCCUUAGUCCCUCUUCUAACCCAAUAGGAGCCUGGCAGUUCCUCCUGAACCUUUUGACUGUUUUUACAUUUAUUAAUGUGCACACCCACCCACACCACAGUGCAACACUGCGUCAAAGGACUCUGGCCACCGUGUGUCCCUCCUAUGGCUUUCCGUAAGUUCCUGUAUCCCUUCCCCUGUUGCCAGCCACAAGUUUAUGAUUCUUAAGGCUGGCCCUGGACUGAGCCUCGGUGGUCCUGUCAGUUCCAGCAUGCUCCUCACGGGGCCCAUGCUGUGAAAACCUGACAGAGAGAUCCAGGCUACAAGCCUAGCUGAUAGGUAUCUUCAAACAGCCAAUCCAGUAGACGCCUGGGUUUCUGCUGGCGUCAAACCAGAGGCAGCUGUGCCAACAGGUGCCUCAGUGUUUCCUGGCUCUGCUUUCAAAGCCAAACCCCAGACAGCGGCGGCUUCAUCAACUGAUUCAGCAGCCACGAGGACCAGCAUUGGCCUCUUCCACCAUAUUUAAAGAAAGUUCCCCCAGCUGCUGAGAUAGCUCCACAGAUAAAGGUGCUUGCAGCCAAGCCUGAGGGCCAGAGCCGGAACCCACAUGGGAGAAGGUGAGAGCUGACUCCUUCAAGCUGUCCUUUGACUUCCAUACAUGUGCCAUGGCUCACACACACACACACACACACACACACACACACACACACACUCACAUGUACACACACGCACACACACACACUACACAUAUCACACACACAUACUACAUAUACAUCACAUACAUACACACACACUAUAUAUACUAUAUAUAUGUAUAUAUAUAUAUAUAUAUAUCUCACACACACACACACUAAAGAAAACUUAAAUACUUUUUUCUGCGAAUGAAAACGUAGAAAACUGUCUUAUUGAGUGCCCUGAAUAACCAGAUAACGCUAUUCCGGAGACAUCGGCAUGGCUAAGUACCAGCAUAGACUUGACGUUGCCCUUCUCCAAGGAUGACGAGCACAGUGGAGAGGCUGAGAGGACGGGAGCUGAGAGACAGGCCUCUGGAGUUCGAACAGUUGACAGUCAUCGGACGCCUCUGUGAAGAGGGGUCGUUGAAAACGCACAGAGCUCCUUUAUUCGCUGGUCAGCUGAGGUCAGAGGCGAUUCUGAGCAUUGGGAAGACAGCUCAUCUGGUGAAGGGCUCGCCUGGCAGGCUUGAGGACCUAUCUAAGUUUGAGCCCCAGAACUCAUGUAAAGGAGUUCAGCUGUGAUGAGAAACACUAGCAAACCCAGGGCUGGGGACAGAAGAGGAUCCUUAGGGCUCACUGGUUCGUUAGUGUGGUCUAAUUGGUGAGCUGCAGGCCCCAGUGAGAAACCUGUUUCAAACAAGGAUGGUGGAGAACAACAGGGAAAGACAUCUAGUGGUACUCUAGCAUGGUAUCCCCAUUCACCUCUGUGCCAACACACACACACACACACACACACACACACACACACACACACACACAGAGAGAGAGAGAUAGAGAGAGACAGAGAGACAGAGAGACAGAGAGACAGGGAGACAGAGACACACACAGAAAGAUUUCAAGUCGAGAUGUCUGUUGUCUUACUUGGUGACUACAAAGUCCAAGGAAAAUGGUAUCAUGACAGCUGCCCACAGAACACCCUCCUGGAGGGUCCAGAGCCAGCUGUUCCUGCAGCUGUUGUGGUCAUGGCAGAGGAUCAGAUGAGCUUCAGGAGUCUGGCAGGAGAAAGACGAGAGGCUAUCUCUAAGCCAGGGACAGGGGAGGCAGCACGAACUUACGACGCUGAUAGAGAAAAAGGAAAUAACCAAGGUCCUUCUAAUGAGACAUCACCACUCUCCAUGGUGAGGAGGAGAAAUCGAGGUGGUGGGAAGGGACACCCACACAGAGAGGAGCUCAGCGGUGAUGUCAGGCAAGAGCAGUUCAGACCUGGGCAUGCACGGAGCUGACGGCUUCCCUAGGGAGAGUUCUGUUGUGAGUUCCUUCAUAACGGUGGCUGCUGGUGAUUAUAGAGGGGAUUUUGUCCAUUUUAUUUUUGGCAGUGAAGUGAUGUCAGCCUAGCACUAGAAACAGCCACAGACGUGUCUGUGAAGGAAGAAAUAAGAGCUACUGCUCAGUAUUCACGGGAACAUAAUCAAAUGAAUGGGAAGUACCCAUCGUGCGUUUUCCCAUCAGAUAUACUAGGCAUCGGACCUUGGGGGCAUGGCCACCUUUUACACAAACCUCAUCCUCUCUUGCUAGAGGGGACGUUUCUCCCCGUGUGCAUGCGUGAAUGUGCAUGCUUGUGUACGGCAUGUGAGCACAUGCAUGCGCAUGCGUGGAGAUGUCCGCGGUGGAUGGGUGCGCAUGCGUGGAGAUGUCCACGGCGGAUGUCUGCAGCACGGCCUGGGAAUGACUUCGGGACAGACACAUUGGAAAGCAGCAAUGCUUCUGACGCCCACUUGGUUGAUUAUGGGUGCUUAAUCCACAAAUAAGUAGAGCCGGAAAUAGAAGAAAAAAAAAUCCUCGAAAAUGUAGUGUGCAGGGCGAGCUCAGCAGCUAAGAAAGGCCAUUGUUCUUGGACCCAGCACAGCACCUGAGUGCUCACACAUGUAACUAACUCAGGGAAGUCUGGUUCCCCUCCUGGCCUCUGUCAACAUGCAUGCACACGGUACACACACUCACACUCAGGUGUGAAGGACACGCAUGUGCGUGCGUGUGCACACACACACACACACACACACCAUACACUCAUACAUGCACACACGGACACACACAAUCUUAAAAAUGAACAUUAUCUAAACAUAAGUUCUCAUGGAAUGUUUUUACUGAUUUUCUGACAAUUGAAUAAAAGGUACGUACACCAGCCUCUUGUCGUGAUCCUACCCAAUCCUACUUUCACAACAGUAGGUUGAGAUUUCAAGCCGCCGCCACCGGAGCGUAUGUUUUGAUCCAUUGUUUUUUUUUUUUUUUUUUUUUUUGGUUCUUUUUUUCGGAGCUGGGGACCGAACCCAGGGUCUUGCGCUUCCUAGGUAAGCGCUCUACCACUGAGCUAAAUCCCCAGCCCCCCCCCCUUUUUUUUGGUUCUUUUUUUUUUCCGGAGCUGGGGACCGAACCCAGGGCCUCGUGCUUCCUAGGCAAGCGCUCUACCACUGAGCUAAAUCCCCAACCCCCCAUUGUUUGUUUUAAGAGAGGUCGGCAAGUCCAGCUCCUUUGUUCUAACUCAUGGCUCUCAGUGAAACCGUGAAGUAAGCACAGAGACACUGGAGUGAGAGCCCUGGGUCUGGAUUCUUCCUCUGCUUCUUACUGGCUACAUCACUGAUGUGUGUGUCUCACAGUUACCACAGAACCUGGCUAUGGUUGCUUUCCUAUCCGUAAUAGCGACUCUUGUUUGUGGAUGUUUUGUUUCUCAUAUACAAAAAAUGUAGGCUUCCUGUCAUCCGUGUGUAUUAAAUGUAAUUUGGAUUCAAGAGAAAAGACCUCCUCCUCAGAGGUCAUCUUACCCAUUGCAUGAUUGGUGGUUUUGAAUUGCCUUUAUCCUAUUCUGUGAUGUCAGCUUUAACUGCCAACUAGACACACACUCAAGAAGAAAGUCUCAGCGAGAGAUUGCCUAGAUUAGUUGGCCUUAGGCAUAUAUCCAUGAGGGAUUUUUUUUCUCUCAAGUGGGCUCAUUAAGCUGGGAAGACUCAGCCACUGUGGGCGGCACCAUUCCCUGGGUCUGGAUCCUUGACUGUCUAAGGGUAGAGGAAAUGGGCAGAGUUCUGAGCAUGGUCAGGUUCUCUCUGCUCUCCACUGUGGAUGUAACCAGCUGCUUCAAGUUCCCACCUGAGCUUCUGUGUAAGGGUGGUCUGUAACCUGAGGCUGUGAAACUAAUUUGCCCUUUGUCCCCUGACUUGUUUAUGCUGUGGUGUUCAGUCACAGCCAUAGCUAGGACAGCAACCAUUGCUUUACUGUCUGUAUAGCUGAAGGCUCACUGUGGUUUGACUCCUCUCAUUCCAAUGUUGUUCCUUUGAGGGGACAGAGGUUGUAUGUUGUGUGGUUUUCCAUUUCUUAAUUUGUAGGAUGGUGGGAAGAAGAUCAGGGAACCCUGUAAUUACUCCUUUGUUGACCAGUGAUAGAAAGGAGAGACACUACACCACUUACCUAAACCGAAGCCCACUGCUGACCCCUUAUCAGCGCUGCAUUUCAGGGCGGCGGGAGGAGCAAGGGUUCAGAUUGUUUCUGGCUUAAUAGAAGGCACUCGGAUCUGACGAUGAUCAUCUAGUCCUUUGUAAGGGCUGUGUUCUAUUGAACUUCCAUAACACAGAGCACUGUGAUACCAGAUCAAUGCUGGAUUUCUCCCUACAUAUCAGUCAAGCGAUUUGGCAAAUCAUUUAUCAGCAGGCACCAGAUAAGUAUCCUCUAGUUGAGUUUUGGAUGUGGCCACUAUAAGAUAUUGAUGUUAUCAGCCUGCGGGCCUGAGGACCCAGGCCCGCAAGGCUGUCUCUACUCGGGAUGGCAGGUGCAAGGACUCUGUCAGGUUUGCACCCACAUUUCCAGUCAGCCAACCGGAAAUCAUCACUAUCCCAUCUCUGCCCUUGGGUUUGGCCUACUCACUAACGCGGCUCACAGAACUCAGGGGAACAGGUUCAGCAGUAUAUUAUAAACAAUGCCACAAAGAUGCAGACAGCCACACAGAGGAGGAGAUGGGUAAGAAGCAGGUUGGGGAAGGAACCAGAACAUGUUAGUCCUCCAUGGGCCUGCUAUCCCCAGGCUCUUCCCAUGAUCAGUUACUCAGACUCUCUCCUCAUGGUUCUUCUUGCGCUCCUGGUUACCAUUCUACAAAGGCACGAUUGACCAAAUCCUUAGCCUACCUUCUUCCUCCCCACGGGUUUGGUAAUGGUGUUGAAAGUCCCUACCUUCCAGUCAUGCUUUGGUCUACCAAACAAGUAGCUCUCAACUUGGAGCUUCUAGGGACUUCCAGCCACCAACCCUCUCCUUUACGCCACCUUGCAGAUUCCAAGAAUUUUCGGUGCUCUUUGAAGUUCCUUAGUCUCUAGCUCUGUCCCUCCUGCUUUCUCCCUCUCAGCGGAUUGAUUUAACAAACCAUCACAGGACAUCUGUCUCUGAAGUGGGUGAGGGCCCUGGGAUGUGAUCUCUCAAGUACAGAACUUUGCCUUUCUUUGAACGCUGGAUGCUAGAAUGCUUCAGGUUUUGCCCUACCCAGUCUCCCGAGUUACAUUUCUAUCCAAAUGCUCAGGCCUAGAACUGACUCCCAGUUCACCUGUCUGUGACUUUAUGUCUAGAAAACACUCCAUUAGAUAAUCCCAAGAGUUUAUUGGAAGGGGUGAGUUAUUUUUACUGCUUGGAUUUUUACAAAUUAACUAAUUUAUUUUUAUUAAUAUUAAUACCAAUUAAUAUUAUUUAUUUAUUUAUUUCAUUAAACUUGGGCUCAUCUAUGGUCGCAUACAUUGCACGGGCAACCACUUGUUUGGCACAGCCUCUAGGGAGCCGUCUUUCUCUGUCAUCCUUACCUGUCUCAGAUUGCAUAAGCUCCCAGGGGGCAAACACUGUCUCUUCAAAAUGCACUGUGCAGUCUGUACACAAAUGAGCAAUUAAUUCACUGAACACUGACACCGGGACACCACACAAAGAAACGACGGUAUCGCAAGUCAUUUAAUGUACCAGUUCCCUUCGGUCUCCCCACUAACACAAGCUGUCAUUUGAAAAGAGAUAAUACACAAAGUACAGUCUUGCUUAAAUUGAAAUUAUUAUUAGAAGAUUAGUCUUAGUUCUGUCUGUAUAUCUCUACACAAUGCCACUGUCAGAAGCUUCCAGAAGGCUCGUUAAGUGGUUGUUACAAGGUUAAAGGGCCGAGAAGCAACUGUAGUAUCAACAGAAGAGGCAAAGGACCCACACUCAAGCUGGGUCAGGGGUUGACACACAUUUUGUGUAAAAGGCCGAAUGGUAAAGCUGUUCCGACUCUGAGUACCAUGUGGUCAGCAGCACAGCCCCUCAGUCUGCUCUUACAAUGUGGUGGUAACCACAGAGCAUGCGUGAGCAAAUCAUAUCUGUGUCUUAAAACUUCAUUCAUAAAAGAGCCAUGGAUCCAGCAUGUGGGCUGUAGCCAGCCAACACCUGAUAAGUGAUCACACUAGACUGAUUUCUCUUCCACUGACUCUUAAAUUCUUUGUAGAAAUAAACCAACAGCAGGAGAGACACAAGGGUUGAGACAAUCAGUGGCUGUUUGGGAGAGCGCUCCCUUGUUAUGACCUGAGCUGGAUUUCCCAGCACUCACAUCAAAGCCAUGCGCAUCUGCAACGUCUACACCAGGGACGGUGGAAUCGCUGGACCUUGCUCCCUGCCAGCCUAGUUUCAGUUUUAGUGAGAGACCUCAUCUCACAGGAUUACAGGGGAGAGCGAUAGAGUGGGACCCAGGUAUCCUCUCUGAUCUCCAUGCACACCAUACCAUACCACACCACAGCACAUCUACCUAAAUACAUACCCUAGCUCAUCACACACACACACACACACACACACACACAUAUGAACACACAUAAAUAUCCUACCCCAUAACACACAACCCUAUCUCAUAGAACACACACACCCUAGCCCAUAGCGUACACACACAUACACAUGCACACACUCAUACACAACACAUAUACACACACAGAGAGAGAGAGAGACAGAGACAGAGACAGAGAGAAACACACACAUACCCUACAUCAUAGUGCACACAUGUGCGCGUGCGCGCAUACACACACACAGAAACACACAUGAACACACAUAAAUAUCCUACCCCAUAACACAUACACCCUAUCUCAUAGCACACACACACCCUAGCCCAUAGCAUGCACACAUACAUACACAUACACACACACAUACACAUACACAUAUACACACACAUGUGCACACAUAUUCCUACCACAUAAGACACACACACCCUACCCCAUAGUACACACACACACACAGAAACACACUUAUACACACAUACAUAACCUACCCCAUAACACACACACACACCCUACCUCAUAGCACACACACACCCCCUAGCCCAUAGCAUGCACACACACACACCAUACACACACCGUACACACACACACACACACACACACACACACACAGAGGCUCACAAUCACACUGUUACAUUAUUCUUUGAGGCAGGACCUGUCACUGAAGCUGGUGGCCCGUGGGCUCCUGUGACCAUGACCCUUCCUGUUCUGCCCCUGCCACUGCUGGGGUUAUAGCUGUGUAUGUGACCACACCUUGCUUUUCACAUGGGUGCUGUGGAUUCAAAUUCAGGUCCCGCUGAGCCAUCUCCUCAUCCGAGGAGAGAAAGAUAUUUACAGAGAGAAAAAUCCAGGGGUGUCUCCAUAGUUGGGGAUGUGACAUCAGAUCUAGGCCUCUUAGAACGCAGAGGACUGAUUGCCUUCAUGCGCCCUCUGGGAAUCAACACACAUCUCUCAGGCAUGCUAUAAAUAUGCCUGGUGGUUCCUGAUGCUGCCGAGGUGGGGAUUGAGUCCCAGGAUGAACAAAUAACAAUUCCUCUUAUUACAGGAAAUACGGUGUUCGGUUCUGUUUGAAGAUAUUCAAAUGGCCACCCUGCCCUUGAGCCUUGAGUAAAUUAAUUGCUCUAUUACAAGUUUGAAGAGCUUUAUUGAAGAAAAAAAAAGAUAAAACAAGCAAGAACAACACCACACACACACACACACACACACACACACACACACCACCACCACCACCACCAACAACAACAACAACAACAACCAGAAGUCAGAUGCAGUCCCUAUGGUUAUAGGCUGCACAGCCCUGUAUAACCCAGUGGCUUUGUUCUGUUGGGAACAGUGGAGUGCUGUGUUCCCCGUGGAGGUGCCGUCACUAUUAAUUUUAUUGGGCAUAACGGGAGGCCUAGCAUGCAGUCACAGGGUUGCCAAUGGCAACACUAUAGUUCACCUGAGUAUCAAAGAGUAUCAAAGCAGACCGGAUGUGAAGGUUUGGUGCCCGGUGGAUCUCGGCAGCAGAAGGCGAUUUGUAGAACUGGAGCCUGCCGCUCUUCUGAGGGUAUUCCAGUGACAGGAUCCACUCAGGAGAGUUGGGGCCAAGGUUAUCAAGGAGCUGAGUUCUGAGUUCAGGUGCCCACAUGGCAGUGGAAUGACGCCUCCUGGCCCUUCAGACCUUUGAGACAGCCGGGAGGCCCUAGAAAUCACCUCAAGUCUCCAGUCCAGGACACAGCUGCCUAGGGGAGUCCCAGGGAAAGGCGGCAGAGAUUGCAUGGCCUGCAAGGUGAUGGACUCCAACGUGACCACCUCGGAAACUACCAAACUCCAAGCCACUGGCAGUUCCAGCGCACAAAACCCCUUGCAGAGAGGAGGCGAGAGAAGCGAACUGGGAGGAGGCCUUCUGUUUGGCUACAAAGCGGAUGGACCACGUCCUCAGGUCUCCUGGAAGUUGUUGAAACACAGUGAGGGAGGUGACAUCACUCACAGGAUGGAAACAAAGAAGCAUUUACAGUAGACUCAUGCCGGCAUCCUUCAGACUGAAGUCCUAGGGCCCAGUUCUGUCCCUCCCCACCUCUCUCUCUCUCUCUCUCUCUCUCUCUCUCUCUCUCUCUCUCUCUCUCAUUUUUCUUUUCUUAGCUCAGGGAAUUUUAACCAGGAAUUGCUUUAAUAGGUAUAAUUAGGUGUAGUUUUCUUCCCAAAUUAGCCCUGUUUACGAACACGUUACUAGGAAUCUAGGGGGUUCCAGCCAGCGUCACUACGUAUUAGUUGAUGAAUCCAGAGUCCACUCUUGGAGUUCAUAAGACCCCUUGAUAAAAAUAAGAUAAGAACUGACCCACAUGAACUUCAAGGACAUUUAUUAUUAGCAUUUAAAAGUAUAAAGCAGGCAGAGGCAAGGUGUAAAUCUCAGCAGCUGUCCAGAGGAGGAAGACAGAGAGGAGAGUGUGGUCCUGCAGCUUAGGUUAAGCCAACGUGAAGGUCAGCCGUAUGACAAGCAAGCAGCCACAAGGAGGGGGGGGUCUGCAGAAAGGCCAAAGGGUUCUGGAAAGGUGCUUAGACGAGAGAUGGAAGCUAGGGAUUGCUGUGACUUUCUGAGCAGUUCAGAAAGGUGGGCAAUCCCAGUUGCACAGGGCUACAUGAGCAGGCGGGAAUUCUGCAGAGGGAGAGCUCCAGCCUUCUUGAGAGAUGGUCCCUAAGCCAGGUGACUGACCUGCCCAAUUAGAAUGUUGGGAUCCACCUAAACCAUUCUCUUGAUCAGAGAAGGAAAGGGUUUUCCUUUAGUGUUACUCUAACAGAUUCUGUUCCCAGAGAUUUCCUAGGUAGGAACUGGGGUCGUGGUGUUGGUCUAGCUUAGUUCCCAUCAUUCGGUUAAAAACCCAUGUCCUUUCUGUUCUUUCAAGUUUGCAUUCAGGUCAUGGCAUAUAGGCACCAUGUUGCUUAGCUACCAAAGACUCCUUUAACUGAGGAACCAGCCACAGUUAAAACACAGACAAGCGUGUGUUACACCCGGGGCUCAUGCGCGUUGUUUGAUAUGAAUGUUGAACUACAAAGGAACGCACACCACACAGUUUGAGAUGUAGGUCCCCUCUGAUCCUACAGCUAGAACAGUAGACAAUGUUUUAAAUAUCAAAAGUGACUUUCAGAUACUUUGAAUCGUUUGGGCAAUUUUGGGUGGUUUUGCUAUGCCGUCUCCUAAGGUCAUAUAGGAACAGGAGAUCAACGGCCUUCCCAACUGUGUUGUUCAGGCCUCUGUGGAUCUGCCUAGCUGGGAAGAACUAAAGCAAAGGCAGGCAUACCCCUGUAGUGGGGUUUGGCAGUGGGGAUGUUUCUGUGUCUGUCCUGUAAAUAAAUGUCUGCCUCACAAUAAAAUAUCUUGGUUGACUCA